AUGUUUCGAAUAUCGACUCGUAACGAAUAUGAUUCAUCCUUGUUGAAUACGAUCAAGCGAAUUCAUACCGAUUUUGCCCAAUAUGAAAAUUCAUCAGACAAGCUACAUAUACUUCGUGAGAAACUCAAUCAAUUGUGGUUACGACCACAACUUGUAUCGAAUCCUGUCAUGAGGGAUUACGAAGGCUAUCGCAUUAUCGAAUAUCUGGAACAAUUUCUUGCAGAUCAAACCAUCAACGAGAAGUUUUUUAUUUUGAUUAUUAGUACAUUAAGUAAAAACGAACAUUUCUAUCAAAUACUUUUAAAUGAUCAUACACGAUUUCAACCUUUAUUUCAUACGACUAGUCAAACGUCUGUUCAUCUGAUACGAUAUAUCGAAGUUUUGUAUUUACAUUGCUCAUCGAACCUAGUUGCUAAAUCCGGCUUAGAAUUCUACCGUUUUGUUCUGGAUACUUAUUGCUUACAAUAUCUGCAUAAAAUACCACGUGAUAUUGAAUGGCUUGCAGUAUGCUCAAGAUUCAUGUGCCAAUUCUAUGAAAAUACCCAAAAAUACCUCUCAUCCACUGACUUGAUUUUCACAAACCAGAAAGAUGCAAUCGAUUAUUCAUUCUACGUUAUUGACACAUUGAUUCAUCAUUCGAUGGUGUCGAAUGACUGCAAACACGAUGUAAUCUUAGCAGAUACAAUUACAAAGACAAUCAGUGUUGUGUGGGAACAAAAUACAUCAGUAGAUCGUUCCAUACAAGACACAUCAAAACACACUUAUACAAAGUCGAUCUAUCGAAUAUCUUUUCGAAACUCUUUCGACGCCGACGAAAUCAAAAUUUAG